UUUUGUGAUCUUCUUUGCGUCAGCACUCGAUGUACGUAGACGUUAUCGGCCCAUUAGACAAUGAGCGUGACGAUUCAAUUCAUCAUAUGAAUUAGUCCACGCCACCCUGAUAGGAGCUAGAUGCCGCGUAUGUCUCCGGCAGGCAAGCGCUAAGCGCUAAGGUUUGUCAAUGCGCAAUGCGAGAUAUAAAAGUCCUGCAAUUACAGUCACCACAAUCACCCACAAGUUCGACGAUCUUCUUUGACCUCCUUGAGUUUUAAAGCAGUCACUGCCCUCAAUUCUUCAUUCAUCAUGGGUCAUGUUUGGUCAGUAUAUGUUCGCGAGCUCUAUCCUCCGUCAACGCAAUUCCACGCGUCCGACAUUCCAGACAUGUCCGGGAAAGUUGUUCUCGUCACAGGUGGUAAUGCAGGGAUAGGCAAAGAGACCGCCAGAGUUCUCCUCACAAAAAACGCGAAAGUGUACAUUGCUUGUCGUGACAAAGCCAAGGGUGAAGCCACCAUUCGCGACCUCAAGCAGAGCACUGGGAAAGAUGCAUUUUUAUUGCAACUCAACUUGGCAAACUUGAAGUCCGUCAAGGCUUCUGGAGAAGAGUUUUUGCGACGGGAACCCAUACUGCACGUCUUGUUCAACAAUGCAGGGGUCAUGACUCCACCUGUAGAGACGUUAACGGACGAUGGUUAUGACCUGCAAUUUGGGACAAAUGUCCUGGGACACUUCUACUUCACAAAGCUCGUUAUGCCUGCACUUAUAGCGGCCGCUGCGCAGUCACCUGAUGGCACUGCACGCGUUGUGAACACGUCUUCUAACGCCCACUGGCUCGGCAGUCUCGACUACAACACGUUCAAGGACUCUCCUGCCAGGCGACAGAAGAGUUCCAUGGUUCUCUAUGGCCAAAGCAAGAUGGGGAAUGCCAUAUUUUCGGCUGAGCUAGCUAGGCAAUAUGGCAGCCAGGGUAUAAUUUCGACCGCCCUCAACCCUGGUGGUAUCAAGACCGAGCUUGCGCGUCAUCAUGGCUCCUUCACUCAAAUGAUUGGCAACAUGAUCCUCCAUGAUAUAUCGUUCGGCCCGCUCACACAGCUAUACGCUGGAACCACUGCAGAAGGAGCGAAGCUGAACGGAAAGUAUCUUAUUCCAUGGGCACGGGUUGGGAAUUCACAUCCGGAUGCACAGGAUGCACAGCAGGGAUCAGAGCUUUGGAACUGGCUUGAGGAACAAGUCAAGGACGUUUAGAUACAAUCUCUCAGGCCGAUCAUGUCAAUAUUAUUCUGUCGUAUAAUGUCUUAUUCCUCUAGAACAAAGUCUCGUCAUUUGUGUCAGGAUUUACUACGUGGUUAAAGUCGAUACUUAUGCUGGAGGCAAUCACUCAAUCUUAGGGCAAAUGAUCUACUGCGAACCUUUUGGUCUAUUGUCGAGG